GACGAUAACGACAAACACCUUACUGAUCACCACGAGACAGGACACACCGAUAUAUUUAGCUGGGGCGUUGCCGACCGCAGUGGGUCUAUUCGGAUCCCGAGAGAAACAGCCACAAGAGGGUGUGGAUACUUUGAGGACAGAAGGCCAGGUUCA